UUUGCUGUGAGCACUUCGAAGGGGGGGAAAUAUCGAAUAACAUGCAUGAGUUAGCGUAUAUUCCCACUGUUUUUCCUGGAGUCCAUAACCCGAAACCACCCAAAACUCUGAGGGCAGUGAAAUUAGCAGAACGAAAUCUUAUGGGUGGAGGAUCCAGCUCGCCUCAUCAUUUGGAAUAUCGUGAAGAGGAUAUAGACGUGCGUCUCCAACAAUUGGAAAUGAAAACCGUGUCUAUCCAAACGGAACCAUUCGCUGAAAUAGAGACCACCACACCGAGUUUUAUGUACUGUGCUCGCGAGCAACAAGACGUUUCUAUUCAGACUGAAAUACAUACUGUUCCGCCUUCACAGACGAAAAUUAUUGUUGUGGAUCAACCUGUGAAGGAAACUCAAGAUAUGAGUUGCGGUCCUGAUGAAGUAUACAAUCCAGGAUUCACUGGAUUUCCAGACAUUGAAACAGAUACAUCUAUGCGUCAACUAGCCGGUGUUACUCGUACAUUCUUUCUUAUGUUAUUGAAAUCCAUUGACAAACAGAGAGUCGAUGAUGACAAUCCCACUGUUUACCGAAAACUCGGGAAAGAAAAUUGAUUGUUAUUGUUUUUGAUGAAGGUGAAAUUGGGGAUCACUUUCUGUGCAUUAGGGUGUUUGUUUCAUGUACAUGCUACUACCGCAUCUCGAACUUUUUAUUCACUAUUAGGGAUUUUAACAGCCGCUACUAAAUCUUGGAUUUUUUGGCCAUCAAAAGCUAGUGUAAAGAAGAAUCUUCCAAAAUCAUUUCACAAAUAUCAUAACUGCCGAUGCAUAAUCGAUUGUACAGAAAUACCAGUCGAUACUCCACCUACGCUUGAACAACGAGUGCUACUGUACUCCAACUAUAAAGGAAAAUUUACGGUAAAAUUUUUAAUUGUUAUUUCUCCCAACGGAUUGAUUGUAAAAGUGUCUGAAGCUUACGGAGGCAGAACAACUGAUUCUUUCAUUACCAAUGAUUCUGGAUUUUUGGAAUUGCUCGAGUCGGGGGAUGAGGUUUUAGCUGAUAAAGGUUUCCCACAAAUUCGUUCAGAAUUAUUGAAACGCGAUGCUAUCUUGACAAUUCCUCCAUUUGCAUUUAAUCCUCAAUUUACGGACGAUGAGGUUGAGGAGGGAUACAACAUAGCUUCGGUACGAAUCCAUGUAGAACGGAGUAUUCAACGUAUCAAGCUUUUUCACAUAUUAGAUCAUAUUCCCAUCGAUUUAUUACCUUACAUUAAUUCCAUAAUGCAUGUGUGUUGUAGUAUGGCAAAUA